CAGGGGUGAGACUGGGCGAGAGCAGAGGAGAGAUGGCAUGAGAAAUCUUUGUCCUGAAUGGGCUGUGUGUGCAGUGGACUUUUAACUCCUCUCGCCUAAAAUCAUCAGCAAACUGUAACCACUGCGUCAUCGCGCGAUGAAAUACUUAUUUGGAAUCUUGGUGGUAAUCUCGUCGUUGACCGUCAGCGUCUGCAAUAAGCAUUAUGGAAUGCAGUACUCCUCAUUAGGUGCGUCACUGCGUUGCUAUAAGUGCUCGGAUUACUACGGCGGCCGGUGUGGGAAAAUCCAGGAGUGUACUUUUGAAGACUCAUGUUUGUCUCUGCAUGAGAAAGGAGGGAAAACGAUCCGGCAGUGCAUCAGGUACACAGACUGUGACAACUCCCGGCUGACUCAGAUGUUUCCAGCGGUGUCUGGAUUUACGUACCGCUGCUGUAACACAAACUUAUGUAACAGCGGGCACAGGAACACGGCUAUCCUCAGUGUGUUUAUCUCUCUGCUCAGCGUAUGGUGGAGCUACUUCUGCUAACCUUCUCACCAUAUCACAGACAUUUACUGGUCUUACGUACAGUAAUGGUAAUAGGAUGUGUAUCAUAAUUUUAACGUUUUCUAAUAAGUUUAACUUGAUUUAAUAUAUAAACGCAUAUAUAAACCCAACCAGAAUGCUAAUGACAUGUUAUAAUUGAAUUUGCUUGUUGCUGGAUACUGAUGGAAAUAACAAUUAAAAGCUCUGUGUUU